GCUCACUUGGGAGAGCGCCAGACUGAAGACAACUUCAGCUCCGAUAUCUGGAGGCACUGUGUUCGAUCCACAGAAGCCGCAAUCUGCGAGUCGAGGAUCACCUCGAUUAAGAACACUAUAUUUUUUGCUUUUUUGCUAAGGGGAUCAUCGACAUAGCAAAAGGUGGUCUAGAUUACUUAUCCCGUCUAGAAUUAAUGCGUUUUAGAGUGGUUUACACGCAACCAUUUUUGAUGAGGAGGGGUCAGGACCAGCGAUCGGGACCUGCGAUAACCCUGCCCCUGGCGAACCCCCAUGUCCCAAAACGCGAGCCAAUUCACCCGCCGCUUGAGGGCACCCCUGUCGUUCCCAAAAUAUCCCCAAAGUCAACCUCUUAGGUCACCCAGCCCUCAAAAACGUUUCCAAUCUGUUGACGAAACGACCACGACUAGGGUGUACGCAAGUAAAUAUGCAGAGCAGCUAUGAUAGUGCUCAAAGACAAUUCGAGUGAUGAUGCCAACGGCUACUCUGUGCCUAGGUAUCCGACGGGCGGUUGGCGGCGACCGGAGGAGCACGAGGACUUGAGGGAGGAUAGAUUGGGAGACGGCAAAGAUAUGGCCUCGUGGGCAGGGCAGCCGUCCAUAAAGGGCUCUACGGAGUCCAUGCGGAUGGCUUUAUUGACCAUAUCCCUCAUUGGGAUUCAGUUCACAUGGGGAGUUGAGAUGACUUACUGUACACCAUACCUCCUCGCACUCGGACUCACGAAAACUCGAACCUCCCUCGUCUGGAUCGCCGGGCCCCUCUCCGGACUCAUAAUGCAGCCCAUCGUCGGCGUGAUCGCGGACCAAUCAAAGUCGAAAUUCGGCCGGAGGAGGCCCUUCAUGGUCAUCGCAUCGAUAAUCGUUACGAUCUCGCUGAUCGCUAUGGCAUGGGCGAAGGAGCUCGUGGGGGCGUUCGUGUCGGACGAGGAGAAGGCCAAAACGUGGACAAUCGUGGUGGCUGUGUUUAGCAUCUACGCCGUGGAUUUUGCAAUAAAUGCGAUACAAUCCUGUGGCCGCAGCUUGAUCGUGGACACCCUGCCUAUCCCUAAGCAGCAACUCGGAUCGGCGUGGGCGAGCAGGAUGGUCGCAGUGGGCCACCUGGUUGGGUACGCAGCGGGGACAAUCGACCUCGUCUCUAUCUUUGGGAAGGGAAUGGGGGAUACCCAGCUGAAGAAGCUAGUCCUCAUCGCCUGCUUCAUCCUGAUGUUCACCGUCGGCGUCUCCUCCUGGGCCGUAACGGAGCGCGUCCUCAUCUCUGGCAAGACAUCUGACGCGACAACGAGCGGCGUCAAGGUCGUGCGCAAGAUCAUAAAAACCAUCAUGCACCUCCCCCCCCGCAUCCAGGCCAUCUGCUGGGCGCAGUUCUGGGCCUGGAUCGGCUGGUUCCCAUUCCUCUUCUACGGCAGCACCUGGGUGGGUGAGACGUACUUCCGCUACGACGCGCCGGUCGACGUGAAGCAGUCAGAAGACGCGCUCGGAGACGUCGGGCGCAUGGGCAGCAUGGCGCUGGUUGUGUUCUCCAUGGUCACAUUCGCAGGGGCCUUCCUUCUGCCGUUCUUCGUGCGCUCGCCGGAGGAAGAUAACUUUACGCCGCGCCCACCAAGCAGUAUCGCUAAGCUCGUCAAGCUUGUCACUAAGCACAAGCCUGACCUUCUCACAGCUUGGUUCAUAGGACACUUCAUGUUCGCCGGCGCCAUGAUCCUCGCACCUCUCGCCUCAUCCUUCCGCUUCGCCACCGCCCUCGUCGCAUUCUGCGGACUCCCCUGGGUCCUCGGCUCCUGGGCCCCCUUCGCCUUCCUCGGCAUCGAAGUAAACCGCCUCAGUAGCGGCGCUCAACCCACCUCCUACCGCCGCCUCUCCAACGCCCGACGCUCCGACUCGUUCGAGCUCUUGCGCCCCUCCUCGGCCUCUCUCCUGCACCGCAGCGGCGACGAGGAUAUCGCGUCGACGGGGGAGCUGUCGGGGAUUUACUUUGGGAUUCUGAAUAUCUAUACGACGUUGCCGCAGUUUGUGGGGACGUUUAUCUCGCUCAUUGUGUUUUCGGUGUUGGAGCCGGGGAAGAGCCCGGAGUUGGCGGGAGGGGAGGGGGGAGAAGUCAAGAAGGAGAGGGUUAAUGGGAUUGCGGUUUGUUUGUUUAUUGGGGCGUUGAGUACGUUGGGGGCGGCGUAUGCGACGAGGAGGUUGAGGUAUUUGUAAUGGGAGGGAGGGGGAUUUUGGGUAUGCCUUGGGUACGAUAGGUGUGCUUUGGGGAGCGGGCAGCGAUUGUAGGUUGCUUUGUAAGUUUGUUUGCUGCGAGGGAGCCUUUUUUUUUGUAUAGUAUGAUGCGAUACGGUCAUGGCUGGGGCGUUUGGAGGGAUACCACUUGUAGCGGCGCGAUGUUGCUAGGAAUACAAUGUGUAUAUGAUGCAUGUUUUGGUCUGCUUGUUGAGGAUAUGGCUUGUGAUUGUGUGCUGGGCAGCUGGCGGUACCAUGAUGCCUUGCUUCUAACUUCCCUUUGUAGAGCUCUGAGUGGAGACAUGGUUGCUCUACCUGUGAU